CACUCACUCUCUCAGUUACAUGCACAGUCACACACACAUCACUCACACCGCUGCCACCGCACACACAUGCACACACACACAUGCACACACACGCACACACGUACACACACACACUCACACACACACUUUGUGACGGCUGCCAGGGGCAGUGGGCAGCAAGCAGUCAGGGACAGAGCUUGCAAAAAAAGAGAGGCAUCGCAGAGGGGAAGAGAAGAAAAGAGAGUUGGAGACCUUGUGGAUCAGAGGGGAUUUUCCUCAGUGUGAGUGCAUGUCUGCAUUGGACUGCUUCCUCUUGAGUGAGAGGAGUUUUGAACCUUUUUUCUUUUGCUCAUCCUCCACGCUGGACUCCUGUGCUAUCUACCUAGCUAUUCCCGGCGCUUAACAAAAGAGGGAGCGAGUGAGAGUGAGGAGGAAAAAAAGCAGUCACAGCAAUAGCUCCAGACCCCGCUCGCACUUUCCACCCCCAAUCUCUCCAGCUCCACAUCCAAGUGCGACUUCAUCACUGACUUCGGAGGAUAGAACACAGGACGGUGUAUGUUCCCCCGGACACAGCCAAGCUCCUGGUGGGAUCAGGGUCUUGUCUGGUGUGAGGGCUGCCAGCAGGAGAGCACAAACCUACAGGAAAAGGGGAAGAGACAAGGAGCGACAGCAGAGAGACGCUGGGAGGACAAACUGAAGGCAAACUAAGGGGCAUCUGCAGGGCAACAGAAAGAAGACGAAAUUCGGUGUGCUUUUUAGAGCAGAGACUGUGAGGAACCGACAACCAGAUCCCAUUCACUCCUCCCUCCUCUUCCUUCUCUCUUUGCUCGCUUCCUCUUCCCCCUCCUUUACAUUGUCACUGUCUUGUUGUCCAUUCCCCCCUAUUGUUUCCUGUAUUGCCACUACCUAUCCUCAUAUCUUCUUCCCUCACCUCAUGUUGCCCUCUAUUUAAACCCUAUUUCUGUUGUCACUCCGGAUUCUCUCAGUCUGUUCACUGAUACCAACAUUAAGACUUUUUUUCUGAGCUCCUUGGCAAGUAGACAAACUGAAAACCAAAGUCUCACACAGGAGUGUGUUUUCUCCCUGCAUCCUCGACUCAUUGAAACGGAUCACCUAAAAGGAUCCAGGAUCGAACCUCUGCGUAGUUGUAUCCAUCCUGCGAGCUUCUAUCUCCAGCCUCCAGGACCUCCAGUUGAAUUCCAGCUACAUGGGCAAGCGUUUGGAGCAGCAGCAAAUGUACCCCCAGUACACGUACUACUACCCCCACUACUUUCAGACCAAGUCUUAUGCUCCUCCACCUCCACCUAUGGCACCGCCCAGCCCCAGCACCACAGGAGGAGGAGGUGGAGGUCAGGGAGGAGGGAUGGUGGAGCAGCUAAGCAAGACCAACCUGUACAUCAGAGGCCUGCCACCAGCUACCACUGACCAAGAUCUCAUCAAACUCUGCCAGCCAUAUGGCAAAAUUGUUUCUACAAAGGCCAUUCUGGACAAGAACACCAAUCAGUGUAAAGGCUAUGGCUUUGUGGACUUUGACAGCCCCGCAGCUGCCCAGAAAGCCGUGGUGUCGCUCAAAGCCAGCGGAGUCCAGGCACAGAUGGCGAAGCAACAAGAACAGGACCCCACCAACCUGUACAUCUCCAACUUGCCUGUGUCCAUGGAUGAGCAGGAGCUGGAGAAUAUGCUGAAACCAUUCGGUCAUGUCAUUUCAACUCGGAUACUGAGGGAUGCCAGUGGACUAAGCAGAGGGGUCGGCUUUGCCAGGAUGGAGUCAACAGAGAAGUGUGAUGUGGUGAUUCAAAACUUCAAUGGAAAAUUCUUGAAAACUCCUCCAGGCAUGACAGCCCCUGCAGAGCCGUUGCUGUGCAAGUUUGCUGACGGAGGCCAAAAGAAGAGACAAACCCAGGUCAAAUAUCCACAGAACGGACGACCGUGGACACGGGAAGGAGAGAGUGGCAUGACCCUGACAUAUGAUCCCGCCACGAUACAAAAUGGGUUCUACUCAUCACCAUACAGCAUCUCCACCAAUCGGAUGAUUGCUCAGACGUCAAUCACGCCCUUCAUUGCUGCCUCUCCUGUUUCCACAUAUCAGGUUCAGAGUACAUCUUGGAUGCCACAUCAGCCGUAUGUUAUGCAACCAACAGGUGCUGUGAUUGCGCCGUCAGCGGCCAUAGAGCCCAGCUUGUCUCUUCACCCCUCCGGUGUCAUGGCUCCUCUCACCCAGCAGAUGAACCACCUGUCCUUGGGCACAACAGGGACUUACAUGUCUGCUGCAGCAGCUGCUCCUAUGCAAGGAACCUACAUUCCCCAGUACACUGCAGUGCCUGCUUCUGCCAUCACAGUGGAAGGCGUGGUGACAGACUCAUCUCCACAGACGGCUGCCCCCUCCUUGCAGGACAACAGUGGGCAGCAGCCUUUAUCAGUCGAGAACACAGGGGAACAUAGCACUGCCUACUCAUACCAGCAGACUAAAUAACAAGAUUGCAAAUUGCAGCAUUGCCUUGUGAAGGACUGCACUGACAGAGCGAGAACCAAACAGGGACACACUGAAGUCACAUGGACAACAUGACAGGAGUGAAUUCUUCCGCUGUGCUGAGACACGAAACAAAACUUUUUUUUUUUUUUAAAUAUACCUGGUUGAACCAAGAAAAUGACAUAAGAUCAUUUCUGAACUGAAGGACAAUGGGAUCAAUAGCAGUCUGCAUCUUUGAGUUGAUCAUUUCUCCCAGUGAGACUGGGCUUAGCCUCCAAGGGAAUCCAAAAAAAGAGACAACAAAGACUGAAAUUCCAACCAACAUGAUGGAGAGAAAAGAAAAACAUUUGAAUGUGCAGGUAGAUUUUCAAACUUUUAUAUUAAAAAUAAGAAAUCAAAGACAAACUAGACAAAAUUGUCUUCCUUCGAUAUUCAGUUACAGUGGAUAUAAAAGGUCUACGCACCCCGGCUCAAAUGGCAUUUUUUUCUGAUUAAAAAAACAUGACCAAGAUAAAUAAUUUCAAAACUCUUUUCACCAGUAAUGCGAGUUAAAUCUUCCAAUCACAGAAUGUGUCAUGGUCAGAUAGUUUUUAGUAGUUUUUUAGAUAGUUAAAAGAACCAUUUUUUAACUUCUUUCAAAACAUGAUUUUAUUAAUUGAGUUGUAUAGGUCAUAUUAAUGCGGGGAAACAAUUUUUGAAAUGGUUUAUCUUGGUCUUUCUUAUUUAUAUUACAAAAACCUGGAAUUUAAACAGCGAUGUGUGAACUUCUUAUAUCCAGUGUACAUCAUUUUCAUUCUUUUUAUUGUUUGAAUAGUUUUGUAGGAGAUUAAAGGUUUCGUAAGUCUUUCUUGCCUUAAUUUUCCUCAAAGUGUAGGAAGCAUUUCCAUUGCGUUGAACUAUUGACAAACAGUCGAAUUAGUGAGAUUAGAGCUUUGUGCGAAAUCACAGAAAUUAUACUGUACAGGAUUUUUUGUAUUUGAAGAUGAUUCUAAACAAUGUGGUGCAGUUGAUUUGAAAUUUGGAUGUGGGAAUGUUUAAUCCACUGUUUCUUGAUUUAAAAUGAAAUUUAUUGUUGAGCGUUUGUUUUUCUAAAAAAAAAAAAAAAAAAAAAAAGCAGUUACAUAGCUUUGUCUGCUUUACAUGUCACGCAGCAAACAGAAAAGCUAAAAGGCGGAGAGCUCCCGGCUUUGUCACAAAGCAGAACUGAUUUUAAGAUGCGAAAAAGCAAUAGUUUUAGUAAAAAGCAAGUGGCAGAUUUUAUACCAAAGAUGAAGAAAAUGGCUCGAGAUUUCUUCAUUGUGUUGCUUUUACUUUAUUCUUUUACCACUGAAAGUGAAACGUAUGUUGCUAGACUUGGGUUUGCCGCGGGGAAUCAUUUUGUCCAACAGUUAGUCGUAGGGCUAAGUUGCUUUGUAUCAAACUGGUUCUCCAACCAACUGGUAGAUAAACGGUUGAAUUUUCAUAGGGGAUUUUAAUCCAGUGGAAAUAUAGUGGCUGCUUUUGCAAGUGGUUGAAACAGUAGACUGUACAAGGUGCUUGAAGUUGUGUACAAUGACAUGUAAAAACUUUCAAUUCAAAACAAAACACAUGAAAUGUCUCUGACUUUGGGGCACACAUUUGCAGUCCAAUACUGUUUUGCCAACCACAAGCCAUCUUCAAUGUGAGCAAAGUUAGGAUAUGUCUCAAAGCAAAGGGCAUUUCUGCAUGGAACCAUUUAAGGUGGUGUGUAUUAUCUCUAGGUUUUUUUUAAUGCUUUUUUAAAUUUAACUUUGAUUGAGAAUCAAUGUGUGAGCUGCUAAAUAUUUUUUUCAUUUUUCGUGACCAGGGUUGUCUCAUGUUGUGUGAAUGUGGAAAAAGCUCCAUGUUCAGAAUGUCCACUCAAAAAACGUCCUUCAGCCAGGACCAACCCUUUCACUCUGUUUGCUUUUGUACAUGAUUUAUGGCUUGGAAUGAAAACCCCUAAAAGAAAAUUCAAAAAAAUAAAUCGGUGAUAAUGACAAAGGUGACUAAAAAAAAACACGAUGCCACACCCUCCACCAAUGAAGACAAACCAAAAUAUGGAGGGAAAAAACAAACAUACAAAAUCAGGCAGGUAAAAACUCAAGGGAAGAUAGGAUUGUAUCUGAUUUCAUCUUAGGUUUGAAAAUGUCGCUUGUAAUGGCAGAGAGAGGUAAUGUGGUUGAAAAAAAUAAAUAAAUAAAACAUCUUUAUUUACUUGGCUACAACAAGCCCUUCAUGAAAUUGUGAAUCUGAGAGUCUCUGGAGAGC